UUCCCUCCGAAUUCAAUUUGCACAUCGAAUAAUUUAUAUUUUAACGAAACGUGCUCGUUUUUAAGAGGAUAUAUUAUAAUUUCCGUACGCGAUAAUUGCAGGAUACGAAAGUGUACACGAUUCUUUGUUUUGUUUGUUGUGAUAGAUAUUUUGGGAUUGUUUACAAUGUACUACAGACUUCUGUUACUAUUAAUCAUACCAACUUUAACAUCAGGUCAGCCCGGUAAAUGUGAUCAAACUCCACCACAAGCCACGGUACUAACACCCAGUGAAAAUAAAGGCAUUUAUACAAUGACGAUCGACAUGAAGAGUAAAAAUCAAAAUAUCUACCGGCCCGAUCAGACUUAUGUUUUAAUAGUCACGUCAAAUGACGUGAAACGUCCUUUUAAAUGGUUCAUGAUCACGGUUGAGGAUCCAGAAGUUGACAACAGUAGCUACGAGUUUGAUCAUAGAUCAGUUGAUGUAGGAAGCCUUAAGACCCUGGACACAAACAGGCAGUCGAGAUACAGCGAGCGAUGUUACAACUCUGUAGAGAAUACUGACAACACUGACAAAUAUCGAGUCGAGAUUCAUUGGGUGUCACCAAAACAGAGCGAUAAGAAGCAAAGAGUAAGACUUCGCGCUAUGGUUGCGGAAAAUUCUGAAGUUUGGUAUGUGGGGGAGAACCUAACAAUUGAAUUGGGAAAGGAUACAACGAAACCUUUAGACAGUCCUCCUUUUCCACCAGUUGAUUCUUGUAACCUAUGCAGUGAGGCUCGAUAUGAGGUUAUUUUUAAAGGGCACUGGUCAAGAAUGUCACAUCCUAGAAAUUAUCCGAUUAAACCUGAUAAUAACGGUUAUAGUCACUUAGUGGGCGCCUCCCACAGUUAUAAAUAUAUUCUGUGGCAAGAAGGAGAUAAAGCAAGCCCUGGUUUGAAGAAAUUGGCUGAGCAGCGUGAUAUAUCUGUUAUUGAAAGAGAAAUUAUAAACGCGAUGUCCGUCCAUAAUGGAACUCGAACACUCAUUAGGGGAAAACGUCGUGAUCAUCCGUACAUGUUCGAACCUUCCCAUUCCCUCUUCAGGGUGGACCGAAUACACCAUUUGUUCUCAUUAGUCAUCGCAAUGAAACCUUCUCCAGAUUGGUUCUUGGGAGUCACAAGGUUUGAACUAUGUACAGAGCUCGGUUGGUUGGAAAGCCAUGAAUUGCCAUUGUAUCCUUGGGACGCUGGCACCAUGGAUGGUAUAUCAUACGAGUCGGCGACGUCAUCAACUCAGCCCGUCGAUACUGUCGAUCGUGUCGCAGUGGGCUCAUUUGACAAGGAGUCCCCAUUUUAUCAGAUGAACCUAAACGAUUUAAAGCCUUUCGCCCACCUCCAAGUAAGAAGGCUAGAUGUUUAUCCCUUAGUUGGAGAUGAUUGCGAAGAAGGUAUCAAUGAACACGAGGGUUCCCAAGAACAAGAGGCGGGAUCUGAAAAUGUUGAGGAAGUAAUCGAAGAACCACUUAUACAAGCAAUAAAGCAAGACCCAAGCUUACAGGAGGAUAAUUGUGCUCUCAGUGAAUGGAGCGAGUGGUCAAAAUGUGCGCCUGAUACCGGUUAUUGUGGUAUCGGUACACAGCUUCGUAGUCGAUACAGGAAUGAUAGAAAAGUUUACUUCGAAACCUACCAAGAUCAAGAAGACUUUCAAGACGGCUAUAAAUCACAAGCGAAUAUGGCGGCAAAUUGUCGACAAGAACAAGAUGGCGCUCUAAUAGAGUCGCAAAAUUGUUUUGUGGAUUGCUUGUAACAUAGUUAAUGAAAAUUGAUUAUA